AGCUCCACCCCGCGCUGCUGCCGCCGCUGCUGCUUAUUGUUUUCCUCCCUCACCCCCCGGUCGGGUCAUGGCUACUAAUUCCGCUGACGAGUCGUUCCCUUUACACGGGCUGCUUCCGAAGAAAGAGACCGGUGCCGCUUCUUUCCUGACCCGCUUUCCAGACUACGAUGGCCGGGGCGUGCUCAUCGCCGUCCUGGACACGGGAGUGGACCCGGGGGCGCCCGGCAUGCAGACCACAACAGAGGGGAAGCCGAAGAUUGUGGACAUCAUUGAUACAACUGGCAGCGGAGAUGUCAACAUGUCUACGGUGGUGGAGCCCAAGGAUGGAACAGCGGCUGGACUCUCUGGACGCACACUCAAGAUCCCUCCUGCCUGGGUGAAUCCAUCCGGGAAAUAUCACAUCGGGGUUAAGAAUGGUUAUGAGUUUUUCCCCAAGGCUCUCAAAGAGAGAAUACAGAAAGAGCGGAAGGAGAAGAUGUGGGAUCCUGCACACAGAGCUGCAUUAGCGGAGGCCACCCGCAGAGCGGAGGAGUUCGACCUGGCCCACCCCAGCCCCUCACAGACCGAGAAGCUGCAGAAGGAGGAGCUGCAGUGCCACACGGAGCUGCUGAGCUCUCUGGAGAAGAAGUACAGUGACCCGGGUCCAGUCUAUGACUGCAUAGCGUGGCAUGAUGGCAUCACUUGGAGGGCAGUGGUGGAUACGUCAGAGAGCGGAGACCUGGCAUCCUGUACUGUGCUGAGCUCCUACAGAGAGAGACAGGAGUAUGCCACUCUGGGAGACGCUGAGAUGCUCAAUUACUCCAUCAACAUCUAUGAUGAGGGGAAUACUCUCUGCAUCGUUACAAGUGGAGGUGCUCAUGGAACUCAUGUUGCCAGCAUUGCGGCGGGCCACUUCCCAGAGGAGCCAGAAAGGAACGGCGUGGCUCCUGGUGCUCAGAUCCUGGCCCUGAAGAUAGGAGACACUCGCCUGAGCACUAUGGAGACAGGCACAGGCCUCAUAAGAGCGAUGAUUGAGGUCAUCAACUACAAGUGUGACCUUGUGAACUACAGUUAUGGGGAGGCAACUCAUUGGCCAAAUUCAGGGAGGAUCUGUGAAGUGAUCAGUGAGGUAGUGCAGAAACACAACGUCCUUUUUGUGUCGAGUGCUGGAAACAACGGGCCGUGCCUCUCCACUGUGGGCUGCCCUGGAGGAACCACAAGCAGCGUCGUAGGUGUUGGAGCGUAUGUCACCCCUGACAUGAUGGUAGCCGAGUAUUCUCUGAGAGAGAAGCUGCCCCCGAAUCAGUACACCUGGUCCUCCAGAGGUCCCAGCACAGAUGGGGCUCUCGGGGUCAGCAUCAGUGCUCCUGGUGGUGCCAUCGCAUCUGUGCCUAACUGGACGCUUCGCGGCACUCAGUUAAUGAACGGCACAUCCAUGUCUUCUCCCAACGCUUGUGGCGGCAUCGCUCUUAUACUCUCAGGUCUGAAGCAGAACGGGGUUCGGCCCACAGUUGCGGCUGUGAGACGUGCUUUGGAAAACACGACCCUAAAAGUGGACGACAUUGAAGUGUUUGCGCAGGGCCAUGGCAUAAUUCAGGUGGAUAAGGCGUUUGACUACCUCAUGCAGCAUGCCUCUUCCCCUACCAGUAACCUAGGCUUCACAGUUACUGUUGGGAAUCACAGAGGCAUCUACCUCAGGGACCCCAUUCAAGUGUCCACUCCGUCCGAUCAUGGAGUGGGCAUUGAGCCGGUCUUUCCCGAAAACACUGAAAACUCCCUGCGGAUUUCACUGCAGCUGCACCUGGCGCUCACCUGCGGCACAUCCUGGGUGCAAUGCCCUUCGCACCUGGAGCUCAUGAACCAGUGUCGGCAUGUUAACGUCCGCAUCGACCCGCAGGGGCUGCGAGAGGGACUGCAUUACACUGAGGUGUGUGCAUAUGAUACUUCAGCUCCCAAUGCUGGUCCUCUCUUCAGAGUGCCCAUAACGGUUAUAAUCCCUACAAAAGUUACGGAGAGCCGGAAUCAGGAGAUCUCCUAUACAGAGGUGCACUUUAGACCAGGCCAGAUCCGGCGCCACUUUAUCGCCGUCCCUCAAGGGGCCUCCUGGGCAGAGAUCACAUUAACAUCUCACUCCAGUGAUGUGUCCUCUAAGUUUGUCCUCCAUGCUGUGCACCUCGUGAAGCAGAGGGCUUACCGAGCGAAUGAGUUUUACAAGUUCUCCUCUCUGUUGGAGAAGGGCUCACUGACAGAGGCUUUCCCUGUGCUGCCUGGUCGGACAGUAGAAGUAUGCAUUGCUCGUUGGUGGGCCAGUCUUGGUGACGUCACUAUAGACUACACAGUUUCUUUCCAUGGGCUGCAAACGUCUCCCUGUCCUCUUCAUAUUCAUGCUUCUGAAGGAAUUUCAAGUUUUGAAGUAUCAUCUCCUGUAAGAUAUGAGGACGUCUCCCCCACCAUCACCCUAAAGAACUGGGUACAGCCUCUCAGGCCAGUAAGUUCAAAAAUGAAAGCGCUCGGCCUCAGAGACGUCUUGCCCAAUAACCGCCAGCUUUAUGAAAUUGUCCUCACAUAUAACUUUCAUCAGCCUAAAAGUGGAGAAGUGACCCCUAGCUGUCCUCUGCUGUGUGAGCUAUUAUAUGAGUCGGAGUUUGACAGUCAGCUCUGGCUCCUCUUUGACCAGAACAAGAGACUCAUGGGCUCUGGAGAUGCAUAUCCUCACCAGUACUCUCUGAAGCUGGAGAAAGGGGAUUACACCAUCCGCCUGCAGGUUCGUCACGAGCAACAGAGUGAACUGGAGCGGCUGAAGGACCUGCCCUUUGUUGUGUCCCAUCGACUCUCCAACACGCUCAGCCUGGACAUCUAUGAGACGCAUCGGUCUGCCAUGCUGUCUAAGAAAAAGGCUAACUCCCUCACGCUUGUCCCGGGAACCUUGCAACCAUUUUACAUCACCUCCCUGCCGGACGACAAGAUCCCUAAAGGUACAGGUCCUGGCUGCUACAUGACGGGCUCCCUGGUCGUGCCCAAGAGUGAAUAUGGGAAAAAAGCAGGCCAAGCCUCAGCCAAACGACAAGGAAAAUUUAAAAAGGAUGUUGUGCCAAUUGUUUACCACUUGAUCUCUGCCCCCAACAAAACGAAGAAUGGAGGAAAAGAGAAGGAGAAGGAUGGAGAGAAGGAAAAGGACAUGAAGGAAGAAUUCUCCGAAGCCCUCAGAGACUUGAAGAUCCAGUGGAUGACGAAAUUGGACAAUGGUGCUUUGUAUGACGAACUGAAGGAGACCUUCUCUAAUUAUCUCCCUCUCCAUGUGCAGCGACUGCAUCAGCUUGAUUCAGAGAAGGAGCGGCUGAAGCGAUUAGGAGAUAUUGUGGCAGCAGCAGACACUGUAAUCUCUCAGAUCGACCAGACUGCUCUGGCGGUCUACCUCACCAUGAAAACAGACCCACGUCCAGAUGCGGCCUCCAUCAAGAGCGAUAUGGAGAAACAGAAGUCGUCGUUGCUAGACGCUCUGUGCAGGAAGGGCAGCGCUCUGGCUGACCAACUUAUGCAGUCUCCAGCUCAAGAGGGCGCCAGUGCGAAUGAGGUGGGCAGCUCCGAUGAAGACCCUCUGGGUGUCACUAAGGCCCUGAAUGACACUUUCUGGGAGGUGCAGAAGUGGGCUGAGCUCACUGACUCCAAGGUUUUGACAUUUUCCUACAAACAUGCCUUGGCAAAUAAAAUGUAUGGAAGAGCCUUGAAAUACACAUCAAAAAUAGUAGAAGACAAACCAAGUAAAGAAAACUGGAAGAACUGUAUCCAGUUGAUGAAGUCUCUUGGUUGGAUGCACUGCGCCUCCUACACUGAAAACUGGCUUCCCAUCAUGUACCCCUCAGACUUCACCCCCUUUUAAAAGGAAAAGUACACGGAUCCCCCAACACCUCAUUUUCCCACAUGACCCCAGUGCACUCUGACACACCUAACAGGAUGCACGCCUGUGAAUGCAGUACCGUGUUUCAAAGCUGCCUUGUUUGGAAGUGACCACCUCUCUUCACAUGAUCCUGACUGGAUCCCACUAUGCCUUCCUUGGUGCCGUGUCACUUCGUGUGACACUGUACAUCUGCACCCUGUCGAGGACAGUCCUUCACAGCAAGUUCUAAAAGGAACACAAAGCUUCACAUUUUAGUCCAAUACAGCUACCCCACAACUCUACAACUCCCCACCUCCCCAGUUUCAGAUUCCUCACUCGUUUGGUUACACUUAUGUGGAAGAGGUGACGACGCCAUUUCCUUUCUUUGUGUUCUCCGUUAUCACCAAUGUCGACAUAUUUUGGGGACAGAGCUUCUGCUCAUUGGACCUUUUUUCCCCCACCUCAUCCAUCGAACAGAGAGUGUUUGGCACGGUUCCAGAACUGCUCCUCGGAGCCCUUUUUGUGGUUUGGAGUGCCAAUUGCGUUGCUUUCUGUCAAUUAUACAGCAAGAGUAGAAUGUCUGAACUGAUGUGUUGAAAUGUAGAAACAGGUAUCAUUGCACAAGGCAAUAUGUAAACCCAAUUUUUCUUCAUAUACAAUAUAUGUACAAUGUAUGCAUGUUUUUAUAAAGCUUAAAAGAUUGGUUCUGGCUUGAAAGCUCAGCUUUCAGUCAUGUAUAUCGAGUAUAUUGGACUGGGCUUUUAUACUAUCGAACAGAGUCCAUGUCAUGCCUUUUUAAUGAGUGUGAAAUUACCAAGUAUAGAUGUCUUUGUGAGGUUUGUUGUGUGUGGGAGUGUUUGUUAGUGUCUGAGUGAGCGUGUCUCUGUGCAAACUGUUAAUUUAGGUUAAUAUAGAUUUAUUUUAUUUUAUUUUUUGGUUCUAUAUGCCUAUAACGUUUGCGUGGCACACCAGUCCUCUUGCUUUUGUUUCCUUGGAGCCCCAAUCAGGAAUUUGUACAAAUGACGGGCUGGUUUAGGGUAUUGCAAAAAAAAUAAAAAAGUCUUCUAAAAAGUCUGAACCAUCACCGCUGUAAGUUUAGAAUGCAUACAUGCUGACAAGAUACCUGCCUUUCCAACCCAUAGUAACCUCUGAUUCUUCAUUUGAGUUCUAGAAAGCUGGAUUGGAGGGUUAACAGGAUGUCUUUAAACUGAGUUUAAGGAAAUGCUGGAUUGAACUGCACUACGUUGCCAUCGGGGUUAAGUUUAGACCUUAAACCGGCUAUCUUUCUAACCAACAAAUCAAACUUCAUAAAGAUCCCCUCAGGUCAGCUGAUCUGUACUUAUGCAGCAUUAGCUUGGUCUUGAUCUCUCUGUAGGAGAAGUGCUAGUAUCUCCUAGAGUUGGUUUUCCAGGGCAGCAUUCUGAAUGGAGAUCCAAAAUGAAAAGGAAAGCAGUGUAGGACUAGUGAUGAUCUCUGUACAACUCUGCGGGGACUUUUUAUUUUUUUUUUAACUGUAAUACAAACUUGUUAGUGUUUACUAUCCCAUGUUUACCUCAGCGCUUCCUUAAUUUGAGCCCAAAAUGAUCUUGUUAAGCCACCAAUCCAGCUUCACAGCAUCCAAAAUGUACUGGUACACUCAAGGCAGAAUUUUAAGGCAGCUGUUUGUUAAUUGCUCAUUGGGGCUUUAAGCUGAAUUGUUUCUUUAAAGGUAUGUAAGUUUACAAAUUGUCGUCCCCACGAAAGUGGUGUUUCAAUGGAAAUGACGGUUUUAAGCUCACAAGCCAGCAAUAUAUCCUCAGUCUUUUAUAUGACCAUAAAGAAAAGUGUCAGAUUCGCAGUUGAGGCUAAGAAAUGAAUGAAUUUGAGAGAGUCGGCACUAAAAAAGGAGUCUUUCCUUGAUACUGUGUUUGAUAAGUUUGUUUUAGCCAACAAUGGUCAGAGUUUCAACAUGAUCUUAUACCUCGCUAAGAAUCUUACGAAUUUAUUAUUUUCCUGAGAUGAUUCUUGCUUUGGCUUAUGUGCUAAACGCAUUCUUUCUUCUUGUGUCCCUCUUGGUCUGUGUACACCUUUUAUUUUUAAUCUUUUGCUUUGGAAUGACAUUCAGGGUUACGCUGGCAGAACUUUGCCAACAACAGUUUCCUCGAUAAUGGCCUUAAAAAUGUCACAAUCUGCGAAUACCGUCCGCCUCUGAGCACAGUCAGGGGUCUCAUAUCACUCGCUUGCUGUGUCAAAGACAUUAGGAUCUAUUUAUGGAUGUCCUGUAUUUAUAAAGUUUAAAGCAAAAAGUAGGUAAUGCCAAUAUUUUAAAAAUAUAAUUUUAAUUUGAAGCCUAUGAUAUGUGCUAGUGUUAUUUUAUAACCAUUAUUCCUCAAGAGAUGUAUGGAAAGUCAUGACAAGUUAUUUUGUUAUCAUGGUUAAUGUUGGGAAUUAUGUGAUUUAUGAUGGAGAAAAUUCUGAAUAAAACUAUUUAAAACCAAAA